GUCUUGUUCUAGAAAGACGGGUAAUCAACAGCAUCGCAAUUAAGUGAUCUUUUUCCAUUCCCCGUUCAUUUUCGUCCUUGGCAGUUGGCACAGUGGAAUGCUACCCACGCGUCGAUAAUCGUGACUUCUUCUCCGCUUUUCCUUUCCUUUUCGUUUUUCUCCCUCACAAUUCUCAGCCUCCGUCGGUCUCCAACCUCGCUUUCUUUGGCUCCCAAAUCGGCUUCUCUCGCUCUCCAACCUCUCACGAAUUACAAACAAGGUGCUUUCUUACUGGAAAAACCACUGAACCAGCACAACUUUCCUCCGUUCUUCAAUUCGAUUCGAAUAAUUUUUUUACCCAGAAACUAGCGUUUCCUGCUCUCUCUCUCUCUCACUUUUGAGGUAUAUGCCGUUGGAUUCCAUUUGCUGUUGCUGAUCUGCAGGCUGAGGAGGAUGACGAGAAUAUUAGUGGUGAAUUGUAUUCCAGUUUAAUUAGGGGAAGAACAGAGUUUUGGGUCGUCGGAGGAAGAACUUAGUUGCUUGACAUUUUGAGGUUUUGAUGAAUUCUUCGUUUAGAGUUGGUGACCAACAAUCGACCCACCACCAAUUUUAGAUCCAGGUAUUUCAGGAUCAUCCGUUCAACAGCACAAACACAACUACUGCCAUUUUUCAGUCGUGAUCUAAACCACUGCUGUGCCAUAACGGUGGAUACUGCCAUGACAACCCACGAAGCCUCCUCUUCAUCCUCCUCCAAGUCAAAACUUUGGAAUUACGACGUGUUCUUGAGCUUCAGCGGUGAAGACACACGCAAUGGCUUCACGGACCACCUCCAUGCGGCAUUAACAGACAAGGGAUACCAGGCUUAUAUUGAUGAGGAUGGUCUAAAAAGAGGGGAAGAAAUACAAAAAGAACUGGAACAGGCAAUCGAAAAAUCGAAGAUCUCUAUCAUUGUCUUCUCAGAGAGGUAUGCAGAUUCAAGUUGGUGUCUUAACGAGCUGGUGAAGAUCAUGGAGUGCAGAGACAAACUGGGGCGACAUGUUUUGCCAAUAUUCUAUCACAUUGAUCCUUCACAUGUCAGGAAGCAGAAUGGAGUUUUAGCCCAAGCAUUUAAGAAGCACAAAAAGAACAUCCGUAAAGAAAAAGAUGACAAGAAACGUGAAGAAAACCGAGAAAGGGUAAAGCAGUGGAGAAAGGCUCUUAGAGAAGCUGCAGAGUUAGCCGAAGAAUUUCAGGAGCACGAAGAGGGCAUGGGUGAAGAAAAGGAUGACAAGAAACGCAAGAAACGUGAAGCUAAACAAGAAGGGGUAAAGCAGUGGGAAGAGGUUCUUACAAAAGCUGCAAAUUUGUCUGGCUACCAUCUUCAAAUCACUGAUAAUCGGCGCGAAGCAAAGCUUAUUAGAGAAAUUGUUGACAAGAUUAUCCCGGAAUGGCUUCCGAGCGCAGAAAAAUUACAUGUGGCCAAGCACCCAGUUGGAAUAUAUAAUCGCAUUCAAGAUAUCAUCACUUAUCUUUCAAAUGGUGGAUCAGAUGUUGUUCGCAUGGUUGGAAUUUGGGGUAUGGGUGGAUUGGGUAAAACAACAGCUGCCAAAGCCAUUUAUAACCAAAUUCAUCAUAAGUUCCAAUUCAAAAGUUUCCUUGCCAACGUUAGUGAAUAUGAUCUGGUUGAUUUGCAAGGAAAACUUGUUUCUGACAUCUUGAAACAGACCGAGUCUAAGUUAACCAGUGUUGAUCGAGGAAUGAGUCUGAUAAAAAAUCAUCUCCAACGUAGAAGCGUACUUGUCAUUAUUGACAAUGUAGACAAAGUGGAACAACUAAAUGCAAUAGUUGGAAAUCGUGAUUGGUUUAGUCCAGGAAGUAGAAUUAUCAUAACGACACGAGAUGAACGUUUACUAAAGCAAGUGAACAUGAAAGUGGACAAGACAUAUCCGCUUAAGGAAAUGAAUGAAGAAGAAGCUCUGAAGCUCUUUAGUUGGCAUGCCUUUGGAAAUAGUUGGCCUAAUGAAGGAUAUCUUGAACUCUCAAAAGAGGUGGUUUCUUACUGUGGAGGUUUGCCACUAGCCCUUGAAGUUUUAGGUUCUUCUAUGAUUGAAAGAACCCCAACAGAGUGGAAAAGUCAGUUGGAGAAAUUGAAAAAAUUUCCUGAUGAAGGAAUAAUGAAACCGCUAAGAGUAAGCUUUGAAAGGCUAGAUCUUACACAGAAGGAUAUAUUCCUUGACAUUUCUUGUUUCUUUAUUGGAUGGGAUAAGGACUUUGUCGCAAAAAUAUUAGAUGGAUGUGAGUUUUUUGCAACAGUAGGAAUCAGUGACCUUCGUGAACGAUGCCUUAUAACUGUUGAACACAACAGGUUGAAUAUGCAUGAUUUGCUUCGAGAAAUGGCCAAAUUAAUCAACAACAACAACAACAAACCAACAAUAGUGCUUGCAUGGAACUGA